AACUCAGCAACACUGCGCUGCCCCGCUCAAAUCAAUCUCUUCGAUGGCGUCGCAUCAUAGUUUUACAAAUAAGAGUGAAUUAUUGACUUUUAAUACUAAUGACCAGCUUAAAGAUAGAAGUUAGUUAGUAUCUUCGAUUAUGUUAAUUGUUUUUUUCUGAGAAUAUAACUGUUGAUUUGUGAUAAUGGAUGGAAAAACAUCCGACUGGAGGCCCGGGCCAAGUGUGUGUCGGUGUUGUCUCGCCGAAGGAUGUUAUAAGGACAUUUCGACUGAAUACUUUUGGAUGGGAAAGAGAGAAGUUUAUGCUGAUAUGUUGUCGGAUACUUUCAGUGUAUCUAUCGCGUAUUCUUCGGCGGGAGGUCCGAAUAGCCAUAGCCGGCUAAUAUGUGAGCCAUGUAUCUCGCGGCUACGCGACGCGGCCGACUUCAAGCGGCAGGUGCAGGAGUGCGAGAGGACCUUCAUGCAGCACCUCGACCCUGGCAGCACCUCCGCCGCCAACGACAUCGAUAUUGAAGCCCAGCCCGCGGGGAAGGAGGUGAAGUUAGAGCAGGUGAAACUAGAGAAGCGGUUCAGCGACGAUGACUUCGACACCGCAGACUUCGGAGAUGAAGAUGACGAUGACAUGGACGACCAACCGCUCACCAAGUUUGCGACGAAAGUGCCCAAAAAAGAGGCCGUCGACUUCUUAGACUUGAUAGACAACUCUCAGAUCACCGUGAAGAGAAUGUCCAUGAGUAAAAGCAAAGCACCGCCCGCAAAGAAAGUAAAAGUGACCAAAAAAGAACCAGCCAAGCCGACCGCCAGCAAAGCGCCCAUCAAAGUCGUCAAAGAGAAGAAGAAAAAAGGGUCCAGAAAGAAAAGUGACGUAUUACGCGAGACAGAAAAUAAACCAAAAAAGAGACUGUUUGAACGUUCCGUAAAUCAAAAUCCUCAAAGGCAAAACGCCGUAUUAUUAUUGAAACACUCGACAGCGUUUCCUUUUAAGACGCGAUUUAAUAGAAUCAUUUGUUCGUACUGCCACGACGAGUUCGAACCUAUGGCUUCGUUAAGGGAGCACAUGAAGGCGGAACAUCCCAACGCAGAUUUCAACAGCGCUUUUUAUAAAGUAGUGGAUGGAUUGAAAAUAGACAUAACUGACCUGAAGUGUACGAUUUGUUCGGAGGUCAUCCCUGACGUUGAUACCUUUAUGACACAUAUAUCACGGGAUCACGCAGUACCUGUGAACUUUGAAGUGCCCUUUGGAGUAUUGCCGUAUCGCCAAGGCCCAUCUGGAUUGUGGAUGUGUGUUGAGUGUGACAAGUCCUUUCAAGAGUUUUCCCAAAUCAAUGGACAUUUACGAAGUCACGUUAGAAUUUUUACAUGCGAAAAAUGUGGGGCAACUUUUCUGUCAGAACAUGGCUUGAGACAACACGAAAGGAAUUUCAAGUGUUACAAACUCACAUACAAGCCUCGUUACGGAAAAGCGUUAAAACAUCGCAGCAAUACUGAAAUCAUUUUGCAAUGCUCCACGGCCUGUCCGUUUAGAACUUGGGGGCAGAACUUCAACUGUGUAUUGUGUAGAGUGCAGUCUAAUGAUCCUAACGGUCUGAGAACACACAUGGCAGCGAGGCAUGCUAACUUUAAUAUACAACAUGUCUUCAGCAGAAAGUUACGAAAAGAAUUUUUAAAAGUUGACAUCACCGAUCUCCAAUGCAAACUUUGUUUUAUGCCAAUAGAUACUUUAGAUGAUUUGUUAACACAUCUGAAAAAUGAUCACAAACAGCCAAUUAACGCUGACGUUCAGCCCGGUGUGCUCCCGUUUAAGCUCAAUGACGGAUCUAGUUGGAAAUGCGCCAUUUGUAAAAUACAAUUCACUGACUUUAUUUCUUUGAAGAAACACACCGCCGAGCACUUCCAGAAUUAUGUUUGUGAUACUUGCGGAGAGGGUUUUAUUACUGAGUCGGCUCUGAUUGCUCAUACCAAGAUUCCUCAUGAUAACAAGUAUACAUGCAGCCGCUGUGUCGCUACAUUCAGUACGCUUGAAGAGAGAAACAUCCACAUAAAAACUCAACACACAACUCUGCCUUACAUGUGUGUUUACUGCAAGGAAAAGCCACGCUUUGCGACGUGGGAGCUGAGGAAGCGACAUUUGAUGGAAUUUCAUAAUUACAAGCCUGGAGCAGAAAUGUAUGAGUGUACCACGUGUCAUAUGACGUUUAAAACCCGCUCGCAGAAAUACCACCACAAUGUUAAAGCUCAUCGCACAAAAAAAGAGUCUGAGUACAGUUAUCAGUGCGGCAGUUGUUCUAGGGCAUUCGCGUCGAAAUUAUCACUCGAUAAGCAUAUUGCCAAAAAACACUUUCAUGUAUAGCAGGAAUAAGUGUUUUUAUAGUUUGCUUCCUGACUUAAAUAGAUACUGAUAGCUUAAAAAAAACUUUACUAGAAUUAGUAGGAGUGUUACAUUUGCUUUUGGUGAGUUCUAAAAUUUGGUACUUCUUAAAAAUUCACAAACAUAACGGUUUAUCGUUUAUUUAUUUGCCAAAGAAAAUGAAAGGCUUGAACUUCGACCAGGAAACGUACAUUUGUAAUGAUGUCAAUUGUAAUGGACAUCUGAAUUAUUCAUAAUGAGUUAUAAAUUAAAUGCAGCACGGUUGUACUUGCGUAUUUUUGGAAAAUUGUAGUCAUAGGGGCUGUUUCACAAGUAUCAAGUAAAUUUUAUUUGACUGUUAUCGUAUUAGCCAGCUUAUGCAGAUAAUAUCCACUUUAUUACUAUUUAGUUGGUAGCCUAGAUUAGAGUGUUAAUUUUGUAUUUGGCCAUUUUAAAAAAUAUGUGGUGAGUAGUUCACUCAGAAGUAAUGAAACAGGCCCCUAACGUGUUUUAGCAACAAGUUAGCAAAUAGACAUCUGUAAGACAUUUGUUUUCCUUUUUUUUGUAAUACAUUUAAUAUAAUCAAAUACUGGUCUCAAGAAAGCUUUACAAUGUCAUUAGAUUGAUUGGCGGGUAACAAAAUUUUAGUAAUCAAAUUAAGUGUGUUAGAGUAAGUCACGAGUGUCAUAAUUGAAAGAAACAAGAGCUGAUCAAGGAGAAAGAAAUUAAAAUACUUAUGUAUAAUAAAUAAACAUUCCAAGUAAAAAAUACAUUUAAAUUAACAACAAAAUUCUUCGUCGUUAAAAAUUAUGUGAUUAACGUGAUGUCAUAAAUACAACUGGAUAAGUGCUAAUUUAGCUUACCACCUAGACUCGAUAGAGUGAAUUGAUCUUGCUGUAAAAAUUUCAAUAGCUCUACCCUUAAAAAUAGGAAAAUUAUGUCUGGCAUUUCAGCCUUCGUAAAAAUUUAUUGAGAACUGAUGAUUCAUUAAUCAUUACCCUACGCUGCUUCGCCUUAGUCGGAUGUUAUAAAAUGAAACAGAUUUUCGGUCUUAUCGCUAGAAUUCAAUGUAAAUUUUGUGUACCUACGUACAUACAUUUACUGAGGCUGCGGUAUAAAGAGUGCAGUGCAUUUAUACAAGUUUUGAAUAUAACUUAUUAUUUUUUAUAUUGUAACAAGUGCUAUUUAUUUGUAUUCACUAGUUCAGCCACAUGCACAGUCUCAUUGUAACGCAAAAGUAAACUGUAUGCUUAGUUUAGACUAGCGAGUUGCAGACGCGUUUCCAUUUGUGGCAAUAUUUCAAAACUUCAACCACAAAUUUGCAUUUGCAAAAUUUGCAGGACUCGGUUUGCCGUGGUCUUUAUAUGGUAAAAAUUGCAUGCAAAAGUCUAUUUUUGCAAGGUUUCUUGCUGAUCUAAACAUCACUAAAUGAUGAUUCUGGCGUUAUUUACCUAAUGUGAUCGAUGUAACUCCAUUACUAGGGUUUAUUUAUUUUAAUCGCUUAAUGUGUGUUGAAUGGAUAUAUGUAGUGUGUUAAUUUUAUGAUGUACCAAGGUAUCUUGUCCUCAUGUCGGCCACAUUAUUGGUCUGAUAUUUAUUAUAACGCUAUUAUCUGUAUGUGUGUUGGAACAAACGUAAAAAAUGAUGUGUUAAGUAAUUAGUUUGUGCUGUUAUGAGUAGGCUCGUGUACCUAUUUAAUUUAUUGUAUAAUAAGCUGUAUAAUAAAACGUGAUUCAGUAAUGCA